UAGUACAAAAGUAGCAUAGUAAAAUGUUUGGCCUUUUGCUGAUUUCUUUGGUGUUAAUCUCGAUUAUCUGGCUUGCAACUACGGUUGCGAACAACAUUCGACUGACACGUGAAUUGAGGCGUAAAUUGCCGAAUUUUGGAAGCGUUCCCGGGGUACCAGUAUUUGGCAAUGCACUCCUCUAUCGGCCUGAUGUUACGCCGCCUGGGUUGUUCAAAACGUUCACCAACUUCCACCGACGCUACGGGAACGAUCUGAUUGGCCAGUCGUUCCUAAAUAAACCGGGACUGCAGGUAACGAGCGCAAAAACCGUCGAGCAAAUUAUCCACGCAAAAACGAUUCGAAAAUCGCUUAUCUACGACUUCAUGAGACCAUGGCUGAACGAAGGUUUGAUAACCGCGGUCGGUAAGAAGUGGGCACAACGUAGGAAGAUUAUUACACCAGCUUUCCACUUUAAAAUGUUGGAAGAAUUUUUAGCAAUAUUCAACGAAAGGGCGGAACUGUUUGUUUCGAAACUAAAGAAGCAACUAAGCGGAGGAGAUUUUAACAUCUACGAGCAUGUAACGCUGUGCACGUUGGAUAUCAUUUCCGAAUCGGCGAUGGGCGUUAAAAUAAAUGCUCAAGAAAAUCCGGAUUCACCGUACGUCAAAGCGGUUAAGCAAAUGUCUAAAAUUAUUUUCAUGCGAUUGUUCAGUUUGUUUAGGGAAUUUAAAAUUUUCUUUCAUCUGAGCAAGGCUGUUCACCGCCAGAAAGCAGCCUUGGAGGUUCUUCAUGGUUUUACCGAUUCGGUCAUUCGCGAACGGAAAGCUCAACUUGAGGACGAGCAGGCGCGUGAUGCAGCUCUACAGAAGCUAGAGGAAACUGAUAUUUAUGGGAAAAGAAAAAUGACCCUUCUUGAACUGUUGCUAAACAUCUCGGUCGAUAAUCAUCCAUUGAGUAACUCAGAUAUUCGAGAAGAAGUGGAUACGUUCAUGUUUGCAGGGCACGACACCACGACAUCCUGCAUCAGUUUCAGUGCGUAUCACAUUGCUCAGAACCCGAAGGUUCAAGAGAAGCUAUACGACGAAAUGGUACACGUGUUGGGAAAGGACUUCAAAAGCACCGAAUUGACAUUCGGUACCCUGCAGGAGCUGAAAUAUUUGGAAAUGACUAUCAAAGAGGUACUUCGUAUCCAUCCAUCCGUUCCUAUUAUAGGCAGAAAAUCGGCUAGCGAUAUGGUUAUCGACGGCCAGACAAUCCCCAGCGGUGUUGAUAUUGCUGUACUAAUCUACGCCAUGCACAACAAUCCGGAAGUAUUCCCAGAACCUGAUAAAUUCGACCCGGAAAGAUUCAAUGAAGAAAACAGCAGCAAACGUCAUCCUUACGCGUACAUUCCCUUUAGUGCUGGUUCUAGAAAUUGUAUUGGACAAAAGUAUGCAAUGCUGGAGAUUAAAACUACUCUCGUUAAACUGCUGGGGAGCUACCGUUUGCUAGCGUGUGAUCCGCAAAACAAAGUGCGUAUCAUGACCGACAUGACACUCCGCCCGGUCAAUGGAAUAUUCGUUAAAAUCGAACCCCGUUAAUUGUGAGCGUUACCAGCUACCACGCCUAGUGUUGGAUGAUCCUUGUAAGUCGCAAUAGAUUGUAUGUAAUAAACAGGCUAAAAGAUAACAAUAUCAACCAUGAUGACUAUGGAAAAUCACACGUUGAGAUUGCAAAAUUUCGUUGAUUAAUGGACAUGAUGCAAUUUGAGAUUUCUUAAUUCAAUUAUGUAUGCUGAAAUUCAGGAAAAUGUGAUACUAAAUUAAAUUUAUUGUAAAUGAUGCAAAUCUAAGCUACAAGAUAUCCGCAUAUAAGUUUAACAUUAACGAAGA